CGAAGUAACCUCUCUGGAUUCCUGUCAGGCUGGAGAAGCCAGACUGGUUUUAUAAUCAGUACAUUUUUUACAUCUUUAGGACACACAUCAGUUUUUCUUUGAAUUCAGCAAAUUUUAUUAGACCUAACCAACACAACAUUUGAAAUGGGGAGAGCUCUUCCAGUAGCAAAGAAGACCGUUCACAGGGACAGGCGCAGCCGAAGAGAGAAGCCUGUUCCGAAAAUCGUGCAUCGUGGCAAACCCAUUGAGAUUAUAAAGAGAAAGAUCCGUGAAAUCAGACGCAUUCUCGAUGCGAAUUGCAUUGAUCGCAUUCUAUAUGGCUCAAGCAACCCCGUCUUUAUAAACACAGAUUUUCCGUACAGUUCUUACAUUCGCGCUAAAUUCUUUUGCCCGUCCUGCAAACCCGAUUGUAAUGAUUGCAAUAAUUAUAAUGCAGAUAAGAAUGAGUAUCACGAUCGGAACGCGGAGGUGAAUGUUGAGUGGAAUCAGGAUGUGGAGAUGUGGGAUGAUGAGUAUGCCAAUCAGGAUGUGGAGAUGUAUGAUGCUGAGCAUGACGAUCAGGAUCAGGGUGAGGCUGUCGAUGAGGAUGAGGAUGAGUCGGAGGAGCAGGAGGAGGAGGAAGAUGAAGAUGAAGAUGAGGAGGCGGAGGAGGAGGAGGAGGAGGAGGAGGAUGCUUAAAUUUAAGUUCUAUAAAUUUAAACCGAGUAACCCACACAACUGGUACAACACUGGACUCGUAGUCUUUUGACCGUGAUGUGGACCCGAUAAGUGUAAAAGUUCAAAAUUCUAUUGUGUUUUAUAAAAUAUAUUUUGGAGCCCGAUUUAAUUAGUAAUCGUACAAAUUAA